GGGCGCCCUCAGAGCACCUCCAGGGACAUGGGGGCGCUCUUGCCAGCCUUUGCCUCACCUCGGUGACCUUUCCUUCCGCCUCCGGGGCCCGCCACGCCUCCCUCCGCUCGCUACUGCGCACACUCCAGCUGCUGCCGGGCGGUAGCAUGGCGGCCUCUUCUAGUGGAGAGAAGGAAAAGGAACGGUCGGGAAGCGGCUCAGGGGCGACAAGCGGCAACAGCACACGAGAACGGUUGCUGUCCGCGUUGGAAGAUCUGGAGGUCUUGUCGAGGGAACUGAUAGAAAUGCUUGCAAUUUCAAGGAACCAAAAGUUAUUACAGCCUGGAGAGGAAAACCAAGUACUUGAGUUGUUAAUUCACAGAGAUGGGGAAUUUCAAGAAUUGAUGAAAUUGGCACUUAACCAGGGAAAAAUCUAUCAUGAAAUGCAAGUUUUAGAAAAAGAAGUAGAGAAAAGAGACAGUGAUAUUCAGCAACUACAAAAACAAUUAAAGGAAGCAGAACAAAUCCUGGCAACAGCUGUUUACCAAGCAAAAGAAAAACUCAAAUCAAUAGAAAAAGCAAGAAAAGGCGCUAUCUCCUCUGAAGAAAUAAUUAAAUAUGCACAUAGGAUUAGUGCAAGCAAUGCUGUGUGUGCCCCACUGACCUGGGUUCCAGGGGACCCACGAAGACCUUACCCAACUGAUUUGGAGAUGAGAAGUGGAUUAUUGGGUCAGAUGAAUAAUCCUUCCACCAAUGGUGUGAAUGGUCACUUACCAGGGGAUGCGCUUGCGGCAGGCCGAUUACCAGAUGUCCUUGCACCACAGUACCCAUGGCAGUCAAAUGAUAUGUCGAUGAAUAUGUUACCACCGAAUCACAGUAAUGACUUUUUGUUGGAACCUCCAGGACAUAAUAAAGAAAAUGAAGAUGAUGUAGAGGUUAUGUCAACAGAUUCCUCUAGCAGUAGCAGUGACUCUGAUUAAAAAAAAACCAGACA